GCGCAGCAGUUCUUGUAGCGGUGUCUGGCUCUGCUUGAGUUGUGUUUCUUUCUGCUGUGGACUGUCAUCCGUAUGAAACUGAAACAAUAAUGAAAAGGCCGCUGUUUAUGUGUAAAUGUCCGCAUUGGGGAGUUUUAGGAAAUCUCCAAACCUCUAACUAGAGUAAAAAAUUCCGGUAAGUAGCGGGGUGUCAGACCGAUAUAUACCCGCCUGAAGUACUCAGUCGGCGGCAUGUCGCUGAGCUCAGGCGGGUGGACUCAAACACCUCCCUCGGCCCAGCCGUCAUCGUCUCAUCUCGGCCAUGAGGCCUCGCAGUCGGGUUGCAACACGGUUUUGAUGUCGGUGAAGGUGUCAGUAUGCCACUCUGGUAUACGACCGCUUUGUCUCCCGGGUGCCGGAGACGAAUCUCUCCGUCUUCAGCUGAGCAUGGACCCGGGAAAAGCAGGGGAAUUCCGCCUCGCGUUACGUGACAUUAGCGGAGCGGCGGCUGGACGCAGUGUGUCCAUUGCUGAGUUUGACCUCAGGACUGUUCGUUAUGAUGUCAAGUCACCACGGUGCCAUGAACUGAGUUUGGCUACACCUCCGCAUGACCGUAUUACAUUCAACUUCCGUAGUGAGCAGGAAGCACAGGAGUGGGCCACUGUGGUAAUGUCAUCACUCCGCGAGGCCCAUAGAGUGGCAAUUGAUUCCCCUACUGAAGAUGGACAGCUACCUCCUCAGCCUCUGGAUUCACAAAGCACUGCACUCAUGCCACAUACAGAGGAUAUGUGUGCAGAGCUGGUUUGUGCUAUAGAGGCUGGUGAUGUUCAGGCAGCAUCUGUUUGUGCAUCAUCUUUAGCUAACCAGAGAGCUGCUCUGUGUAUUCAGCCCUCUAAACGAAAUGAUACAGACAUAGAAAUCAGCCUGGCUGUGGUGGUAGAGGAUGCUUCCUCGUCCUGUUGUGUCACAGUGAAAGUCUUCCCCCACUCUACAAUUGGUGCUCUCAAACAGCAGGUCUUCACCGACUAUGGUUUUCAUCCGCGUGUGCAGCGCUGGGUCAUUGGUCAGUCGUUGUGCUCUGAUCAUCGCUCUCUGGCUUCUUAUGGAGUUCAGUACAAUGGUGAUACUGCGUUCCUUUAUCUAAUUUCUGCCCGUCAGGCACAUCUCAGCCGAGGGCUGUACCAACAAGAUCAAGAAAGUGCUUUACUCAUGCCUGCCCCAGUGCUGACUUCUAAUCAGCCCCACCAAGAACCAGAUGCCAAUGGGCCAGUGGCAUUGAACACAGCAUCAAGGCCAUACAGCACCCUGCCUACCAGACUGCACAACAGCCAUAAUACUCUGAGCAACAGUGCUGGUGGCACAGAGCGGUUGGGUUUGGGUGAAAUCCGUGACCUGAUCAAUCUUGAGAUUCCGCAGUUGAAUGAAGCCCUUGUGCCCAAAAGAACAAAUACACAGCUGGGAUGGGCCUGCCCAACAUGUACAUAUAUUAAUAAACCAACACGUCCAGGCUGUGAAAUGUGUAGUGCAGACCGACCUGAAGGCUACACUGUUCCUGGCAACUACAGACCAGAUGCUCUAGAGCUGCGACGCAUUCAGCAAGAAAAAGAAGCGAUCAGGCAGUACCAACUGGCCAGAGAGGCAGAACGCCGGGAGAACUAUGCACGUCUGGUACAGAUGGACGGACAGGAUCUGGUUCCUAACCCAGAGAGAGUGGAGUGCAGGAUCUGCUAUUUGGAGCUUGAGUCUGGGGAGGGUGUCCUGCUCCGAGAGUGUCUCCACUGUUUCUGCAAAGAGUGUCUGCGCUCUGUGAUUCUGAUGUCUGAGGAUCCUCAGGUGGCAUGUCCAUACAGAGAUGAAGCCUAUGCUUGUGACUGCAUCCUGCAGGAGAGAGAAAUCAGAGCUCUAGUGGCAGUAGAAGAUUAUGAGCGUUGGUUGCAGAGAGGGCUGUCUGUUGCAGAGUCUCGAUGUGAGGGCAGUUAUCACUGUGCAACUGCAGACUGCCCAGGCUGGUGUGUUUAUGAAGAUGCUGUCAACACUUUCCACUGCCCAGUCUGCAAAAAACACAACUGCUUGCUCUGCAAGGCCAUUCAUGAAGGGAUGAACUGUAAGCAAUAUCAGGAUGAUCUGGCAGCUCGUGCCAUUAAUGACUCUGCAGCUAGAAGAACCAGAGAUCUGCUAAAGACUCUUGUUAACUCUGGAGAAGCAAUGCAUUGCCCACAGUGUGGUAUCAUUGUACAGAAGAAGGAGGGCUGUGAUUGGCUACGCUGUACAGUCUGCCACACUGAGAUCUGCUGGGUCACCAGAGGACCACGCUGGGGGCCUAAAGGUCCUGGAGACACAAGUGGUGGCUGCCGAUGCAAUGUUAACAAACAAAGAUGCCAUCCAAAAUGCCAGAAUUGUCACUGAAAGAGAGAAAAGAAGGGAAGAGUUAGAGACAAAAAAAGUAAGGUGAGAAGAAGAGACAUAAAGGGUAGUGACAUGGACGCUUAUGACAUUACGAAAACUUCUGAUAUUACCUGAUUAGUAUUUGGAGACAUAUCCUCUCCACCUGUCUGAACUGGAUACACAGUUUCUGGCUUUCGUAGUGGAGAUUUAAAGCACAAUAGACCUUUUUCACAUACCAGGUUUUGGAACGUGGAAGUAAACGUUUGCAGGGUAAACAAGAAAUAUUAUUUUCACUUACCCAUUUGCAUCAAGACAAAAAGGGAAACCCCACUAUUACAUUUGAAUGACUUUCCAGAAGAGGAAAAAAGAACGAUGGAUUAAGAAAGUAAAAUUAUCUGUCACUCUAACAACAGCUGUAAUAUAGAAAAACCUCGCAUCUGUGGUAAUUCAUUUUUUUAAACUAAUUCCAGGGUAAUAUAACACAAAGAAUAAUUUUAUAAAUUUGCACUCAAUAUUUAAAACAUUUAAAUAAUAUAAAAAAAAAUAUUGCUAAAUAAGAUGGAAACGUGUCAUCACAGUUUGUGAAAAAGGUCUAUUGCAAUGCAUUCUGAUUAGAAAUGUGUAGGCCUGUCAUACAACAAAUGCUGGUGCAUUUGAUCUGAUUAAAUCAUGAAAGCAAAUAAAGGUGCCAAGGGAAAUCCACUUGAAAACAAAGGAUGGACAAAGCUAAUCAGAAACUGCAGUUUAUAAUUUAAAUAAGGGAAUUGUUACAAUGCACUUACACAAAUACUGUGUUUGACUUGUCUUAAUUUUAAAAGGUGUACUUGUCUGUUACUGAAGUGUGAAGUGUUAUUGAAAAGUGCCUUAUCUUGCCACUUGUGUCAAAGCCAUGUAACCACUAGCAUUAGCAAUAAUAGAGUGUGACAUUGUUAUUAUUUUAAAUAUUUUGCUGUUGUUGUAGAUUUAUGUGAUCCAAGAUAACUUAAUAUUGUGUGCAGUGUUAUCCCUCAACAUUUCCUAUGAACUAAAAUCAUUAUAUUUUACUCACUGUAUUUUAGCACUAAGUGUACUGCUUCCAGGUGUGAUUAUCUGUUUGUAAGUUGGUAAUUAUUUUUUUGAUAAGUUGGUGUUGACACAGCCCAGGAAUUUUGUAUUGUUGUAAUGCUUUGCUGAUUUUAGAGCUGUGGUGGUUUUGUAGAAAGUUAUUAAUCUAAUCCAAAGGAUUAACAUCCAAAGCUUUAAAUCUAUGCACUGUAAUAAGAUACAAUCCCACAAAGUCAUAUAUAUAUAUAUUGUGUAUAUUUCCUUGAGGCAAAGUCACAUGCAAAUAGGAAAUUAGUUUUACCAACUGAAACGUUUUAGAAUUGUAAAGCACUCUUGCAGAUGUCAGAACUGAGAAUCCAAUGAAAUUGGAUGUGGGGCAUAAUUGAAGAGUCUUAAGUAAAGGGCUUGUUCAACCUUAGCAUGAUAUUGAUUUGGUACCUCACCAUUAUUCAAAUAUAUGCACUACGAAGCUCAAUAAAUAGCAUGUAGCCGAAUGUACAAUAGAAAAAUGUGCACUUGCAGAAAUCCUAUAUUUUUACCUUAACAUUUUAACGUAGAAUAAUAUGACCUCAGGGUUGCAAGUCUUAAUAAAUUGCCUUACAGUUUAUAGUACUGAGCAGCUUUUUGUAUUCAAGUUAAAUAUUCUUAGUAAACAUCUGACUAAUUUAAUGAGCCUCACAAUUUCUUAAAAAAAAAAACAAACAAAAAAAAAACACAAUAAACAAUU